CCCGUCAUCAAAAGCUCGAGGCUUCAUUGCCCAUGUGCCUCUAUGCCGUCCUCGGUCCUGCUACAGCCACCAAGUGAGUGAGUGAGCAGCAGCAGCCCGUCGACAGACAAGAUGCAAGAUGGCUGUCGGGUAGCCUGCAGUGCAACGCGAGGCCACCGAACAGACCCCAGCAACUCUGGUCAGUCACCCUUUGGAUGCGUUCUUCCCCAUCCCGCUCAACGCGCAAGCCGGAAGGAGACAGGCAGGGAGCAUGCUGCGAGCUUAGCUCGUAUGUCACCAAGGUCUCAUGGAUCGGUUCCAGCUAUGAUCUCCGUACCUCGGUCUCUGCAACUUCUGUUGCUCCCGGUCAAAGUUUGCCGCAUCGGCCGGGGACAAGAAUACCGGUACCAAGGCGCGCUGCCUAGAGAGCAUGGGUCACUUGGUUCGCAUUACACAGUACGUACGGUAAAGUACGGUGAUGUUUGCCUGUCAAAAGAGGAUGGUUGCUGCCAGUUGGUCCAGCUUCAUGUACCGAGAGCAAUGCCAAAAUCUCCGCCGGCAAAGUCUGCAGGCCGUCCAGACUCGGGGAGGCGGACGGACUUCCAUGCUGCUGCAUUUGCCGCCCUCCGCGCUGUGCGAUAUCACCAAAACGCAUUACCUCUCCCUUCAGUUGCCUCUUUACGAAUACCCCCGGAAGAAAAAAUUACGCGUCCGACAGACAUGCAAAUCCGCAUAGCAAAGGCCCUGCCUCAUCUCAACGAGUCGGCCGCAAGCGGGCCUUGCGGGGAACUGCAAUACGACAAUUCAGAGGAGUUGGAACGUUGAUGACUCGCAAGCCACAUGGCUUGAGAAAAGGAUCUUCCCUGCCUUCAUUCAUUGAGGCUAGACGACCGUUUGGGAACUUCUCAGAAGGGAUAUCCCCCUCACCUCCAGCCCUGUCAACAGGAAUGCAGGCGGACUGGCGAAAUGAGCCUUUUGCUGCUAAGCCAGUCCCCGGACCCC